CUAUCAAAGUCUGAUUGUGAGAUUCGUGGACUCUACACUGCAUUUAACUGAAGGAACUGAACCUCAAACAUAACAGAGUUUCACUAUGGGUGUGGAGAUGCUCUCUGUGUUUUUACUCAUGCAGACUCACUUUUGCUGGGGUCAGAACACACUGGUCGUUCCCUCUCAGCCAAUCAUAGCGCCCGUUGGCAGUGAUGUCACUCUGCCCUGUCAGUUGGACCCUGUUAAAGACCUCAGGGACAUGGUGGUGGAGUGGUCACGGCACGACCUGACGCCGCGCUACAUCCACAUCCGCCGGGACGGUCUGGACCUCCUCAGGGACCAGAACUCCCUGUACCUGGGCCGCACCUCUGUGUCCGAGAGCCGACUGCAGCAGGGGGACAUGUCCCUGAGUCUGACCAGAGUCAGGGCCAGUGACAGGGGCAAAUACAGCUGCUACAUGCCCCAGACUGAUACUGAAGCAGAGGUCACUCUACUGAUCGUGUCCGUGGCCCCUCCCUCGAUGAGCCUGAUCAAAGAGCGCUCGGGGUCUCCCGUGCUGAGGUGUGAGUCCAGGGGCUGGUACCCGGAGCCGGAGCUGGAGUGGCUGGACUCAGAGGGGACGGUUCUGCUCAGGACUGAGGCUCAGAGAGGAGCGAGCGAGGAGCUGUUCAGUGUGAGCAGCAGACUGAGUGUGGAGCAGAGGCUCGGCAACACGUUCACCUGCAGAGUGAGACAACAGGAGAGCGGCCAGAGCAGAGAGGCCCAGCUCAGCAUCACAGAUGAAUUCCUGGAGGCCUGUCCCUCGUGCUCUGUGGCCUGGGUCCUCUUUAGUUUGCUGCUGUGUCUCGUUGCUGCUGCUGUUGCCUUUGCCGUGUGGAAGUUUCAAAUCAACAAAACCAAGACUAUGGAGAACAAACUUAAAGACUGUGAAGAAGGUGUGCCAAUGAUGAGGGAAAAAGAAGAUGAGAAAAUCGACAGUGGAGACGACAAACACAGAGGAGACGACAAACUGACUGAAUACAAGGAGCAAUUAGAGAAGAUUAAAGAAGAGCAGACGUCUGCUGCAGAGUUGAGUGAGGAACUAACAGGAACAAAGAUGUUUCUAAUGAAUCUAAAAGAAAAACUAAAUCAAUACAAGUAUCAACUCAGCACUGACAUGAAGGAGAAGAAGGAGAAGAAG